UAAGCGGGCGCCCGAGACUGUGUAGGCAGGAGAUCGUGGCGGGUGGCACCCGUUCCCAGGAGUGGGUCUGCGUUCCGUGGGCGGCAGGCAGAGGUCUGGCUUCAGCAUGGCUGCCCUGCUUGUGAGAAGCGCGGUGGCUUCGCUCAUGGAUCCGCUCCUGCACCUGAGUCGCCUCGCGGUGAAGCCCCGGGCCUUCUCCUCAUUCCUGCUGGGGACCCUCCCAAGCGCCAGACCCUGCGCAGAGGUGCGCUCGCUUCUCUGGGGCUGCCCCCUGCCGCACCUGCAGCCCUCGCUGGGCUUCAAGACCAAGGGUGUCCUCAAGAAGCGAUGCCGGGACUGCUACAUGGUGAAGAGGCGUGGGCGCUGGUUCGUCCUCUGCAAGACCAACCCCAGGCAUAAGCAGAGGCAAAUGUGAGGGCAGAUGUCCAUAGGAAGUUCGUUUCACCGUAUCAAAGAAAAAUAAAUGUAAGCGUUCUGUAAUCGAAGAUCUGUGGGCCUUAGAGUUUUUUCGAACUCACCCGGUUAACCUCAGUCAUAGCCCAGUUCCUUCAAAUCUAGCCAGACCAGAGCUGCAGAUGGGAAAGGAUUGUUACUGUUCCUGGAACUGUGUUGAGCUGGAGGACAAAAGAAAUAGGAAUACUAAGCUGACUUUAUCUCUUAAGACAAGGUCUGGCUCCACAAGCCCUGGCUGACCUGUAACUUGCAGAGAACCUUCUGCCUCUGUCUCCCUGGUGUUCGUCAUCAAAAGCGGCAGAAUGCAAGUGCUUCUAAGCAACCAACUGGGCCGGGAGAUUGCUGUGGGGAGCACAGCAAUCCCAGCUUAAAAAUAAAUGGUGUUGUUGGGUAACAACUAUCCCAACCUUUACUCAAGGAAAACCUUGUUUACAUAGAGAUGUCUUUCAAAUACCAAUUAAAAAUGUUUGUCGUGACUGCC